UCUCUGCAUAGAGCUUUAAUUUUGAAGCCGGGGUCAUUCCUCCCAUUCUCGUCGAUCUCUGGCGGAGGCAGCGACCGCUCAGGACCGUGUGGGAGGGUUAAUCUCGUUUCCACCGUGGACGCGAUGAGGCUCCGUUUGGCCGGAGCCGUGCUGCUGUCAGCGGCCGCCUACUACGUCUACCUGCCGCUACCGAGCGGAGUUAGCGAGCCGUGGAAACUGAUGUUGCUGGACGCGCUUUUCCGGAGCUUCAUGAAGGCGAGUGAUGUAGCUCAUGCGAUGGGCGUGUGCCACCGCGUCCACGUGUUGAACCGGGUGGUGUCCUGGGUGGAGGUGAUUGAGGCUCGCUCCAGCCCCGCCGUGAACGUCACGGACUCCGCGCUGGGAGGCGUGCCCACCCGGGUGUUUCAUCCCAUCGGAGGGGAGAAGCUGAAAAGAGGAGUUAUUUAUUUCCACGGUGGCGGCUGGGCCCUCGGCAGCGGACGAAUGCGCUCCUAUGACCAUCUUUGCCGGAAGAUGGCGGAGGACCUGGAUGCCGUCAUUAUGUCAGUUGACUACCGUCUUGCUCCAGAGGCCGUGUUCCCAGAUCAGUACCAUGAUGCAAUAGCGGCGUCGCGGGCCUUCCUGUCCACUGAGGUUUUAGAGCACUACAGCAUCAAUCCCGAGAGGGUGUGUGUGUCGGGAGACAGCGCUGGAGGAAACCUGGCUGCCGCUGUGGCGCAAAAGCUCAGCUCAGAUGACACCCUGAAGGUGAAGUUCAAGGUCCAGGCGCUGAUCUACCCCGUGCUGCAGGCGCUCGACUUCCACACCCCAUCCUACCAGCAGAACCAGGCCGUGCCCAUCCUCUACAGGCCCGUCAUGGCUCGCUUCUGGCUGCAGUACCUGGGCGGAAACACCUCCCUGGAGCCUCUCCUGCUCGCCAACAACCACAGCUCUCUGGACGAGUCGAGCAUCAGCGCCGAGACUCGCUCGAAGCUGAACUGGACCGCUUUGCUGCCGACUGAGCGCAGGAAGCACUUCCGGCCGGUGCUUAAAGAAACCGGGUCACCUGGCGUGGUGGGCGAGGUGCCGGGGCUCACGGACGUGAGGGCGUCGCCGCUGCUGGCGGAGCAGGGCAUUCUGGGCAGGACGCCUAAGGCGUACGUGAUGACUUGUGAGUUUGACGUGCUCAGGGAUGACGGCUUAAUGUACGCCAAACGUUUGCAGGACGCUGGCGUCACGGUGACCAGUGACCACUAUGAGGACGGCUUUCACGGCUGCAUGGUGUUUGCGUAUCUGCCGAUGAUGUCGAGCGUGGGACGGAGGAGCAUGAACAACUACAUCUGCUGGCUGGACCAAAAUCUGUAGGAAAAAAAAAUCAUAGUUUCCACUUUGUGGUAUGAAAGAUGAACUGGGGCAGAAAUCUGGGAUGACUCGAAAAAAACAUGAUCAUAGCUGUUAAAACAUCCCAGCUUGAGCCAAGAAGGUCAAAGGUUAGAUCCACUGUGUCGAUGCGGAGGCGUCCGUUUAGCACAUUAAAGUUUAAAACCACUGGACCUAUAAAUCUACAAUCAAACACGCCACCGCACAUCCUCAGUGUGUCCUGACACCAAAACGUCUUCAAGCAACUGUGACCAAAGAAAGUUUUUAUAUAGAAACAUCUAUAUAAUUAAUGGCAAACUUAUAAAGACAGGUUUUAUACUUAUUACCUUUAUUUAUUCGUUUUAAAAUGGAAACGAGUAGAAAA